AUGGAGACGUUGUCCAUUCUUAGGUACCAAGAAGGUGCCCAUGAAGAAGCUAGGAGGAAUACCCAAGCUGCCAUAGAGGAGAAGAACGAAGAAGAGCGAACGAGACGCAAAGCAAUGGAAGACGGCCAAGUGCCUGGACACCCCGGGUGCCCGGCCCUCCUUCCCUCGGGUGCCCGGGCCUUCGGCCACCUCCCCGGCCUGAGCCUCUGUGCACUCCGGGUGCCCGGCCGCUGGCUGCGUGGCGCCUCGGGUGCCCGGCCAACUGGCCCCGGGUGCCCGGCCCCCUGCGCGGGAGCUGCACCACCGCCCGGGCUACCCGGGCCGCUACCCCCGGGUGCCCGGCCCUUCCCCACCUGGGCGCUGGAGUUGCCCCCGGGUGCCCGGGCCCCCACACCCCGGGUGCCCGGCCUCGCCAGCAUCUAA